AUGAAUGAAAAUUUGAAUAAUGUAUCAGAGGAAUUUAAAAAGCAGCUUUUAUCUGCUACUAUAAAAAGGGAAGUAAAAGAAAAUAUGGAAAUAAAUGUUAAACAGAAACCUAAUGAUAAUAAAAAUAAUAAUGAUUUUAUAAUUUAUAUGGAAUUACACCUGGAAAAUUUGGUGAUUAGGAGAUAUAAUUUUGUCCUAGGUAACGAAUUGCAGUCUCCCAUUCGGAAUAGUGUUCAGAUAACUAGGUUCCUAAUUAUGAAGAGUCAAAAUCAUAUAAUGGGUACAUGUGUUUCUGACAAGAUAAUAUUAUGUUAUAGCAAUGAUAAUGAUACAAAAAUGAUAUUAAAUAGGUUAAUUGAUGAAUUAGAUAAGAAUUAUUUUAUUACCUUAAUAAUGGAAGGUGAUACAAACAGUGAUGAUGAAAAUGAUUAUGAUGAAGAUAAUAAUCACAAUAAUAAUCACAAUAAUAAUCAUAAUAAUAAUCACAAUAAUUAUCACAAUAAUAAUCACAAUAAUAAUCACAAUUAUAAUCACAAUAAUAAUCACAAUAAUUAUCACAAUAAUAAUCAGAACAAAUAUGAUAAUCGUCAUAUUGAAAAGUGCUUGUUAUCUUACAUAAUACAAUUUACAAUAGUUUGUAAAUACCUAGAGUGCGGGAAAUGGUUUCAUAUAUGGGAUAAUAUGAAUACAAUUAUUGAAUCCAAAUUUUGUGGGAAUAAUAACUGUAAAUAUUUUAAUUGUCUUGGAUUUAAAUUUAAUAUGUUAAAUAGUGAUUAUAAUAUAUUGAAUGAAGAGGAAAAGGGAUCUCAUAUAUAUAUUAUGAAAUUACAUUUAAGGGUAACAGUAAAUAUUUAUAAGAUAUUACCCUUAUGUGAUAUUAAUGAUAAUAUUAAUGUAUAUUGUUUACCAAGGUGUUCUAUGAAAGCAACAAUAUUGAAUAUGAUUUCAUCAUCAUCAGCAAAUGAUCCGAAUAUUAAAACAUUUGAUUAUAAAAAUUAUUGGUUAGAUAUACAUGGAUAUUUAUUAAAUGAUAUGAGUAUAGAUAAAAUUGUACAAGUUAGAUUAUAUAAAGGUAUAUUCAAUUACCCACAAGGGGUAUUAUUAAGAGAUAAUAUAUAUAAAUUAAAUAUACCUAUUAGAAAGGAGCAUACAUUAUAUAUAUGUAGUUAUCUGAAGCAAUUUCAAUUACUAACAAAAUCGAAAAUGAAUAUAUUGAAACAUUCAGACAUUUUACAUUUUCAAAGUAUAUGUAAUGAGUUAAUGGAAAAUAAUAUGAACAUUAAGAAAAAGGAAGAUGUCGAAUUUUACAAAAAGAUUGAUCAUCUAUGUAAUCAUGUCAUAGAAGAUGAUAAGGGAAAUAACAACGAAAAAAACAACAAUAAUAAUUAUAGUAAUAAUGAUAGUAAUAAUGAUAGUAAUAAUAAUAGUAAUAAUGAUAGUAAUAAUAAUAGUAAUAGUUGUUAUAAUAAUAGUUAUAAUAAUGCCUAUCGUACAUAUGGAAACACAUUAUUCAGUUCUAUGAAAUCCAUAAGUUUAGAUUUCAUUAAAAAGGAAAAAACACUAGACGGACAAAAAGAUAAUCAGAAAAAUAACAAGGAAGAACUUAGCAACAAAAUUGAUUUGUAUUUAAAAGAGUCAGCUAUAAAUUACAGAAUGAUGAACAAUGAAAAAAAUACAAAUAUUUCAAAUAAUAAAACUUCAUCUAACCAUUCAAAUAUAUCAAAUAUAUCAAAUAAAUCAAACAAAUCUAAUAUAUCAAACAAAUCUAAUAUAUCAAAAAUAUCUAACGAAUCGUUUAAUUCAAUUAAUUCAAAUCAGUCUGAUGAAUCUUUCAAUUCUAUUAAGUCCAAUAAUUCAAAUAAUACAAAUGAACAAAAUAUUCAUAUAAAAAAUGAUACAUUUUAUAAUAAUGAUAAUCAGAAUAAAUCAUACCAUCAAAGUAGUAGUUUAAGGCAAAAUGAAGAAAACCAACAGAACCAUAAAAAUAAUAUUCCCUAUAAUCAUAAUGAAUUAUACCAAAAAAAAAAUAACGUUGGUAUUGAAACAGAAUAUAAAAAGAACAGUACGGAAAAUUUAAAUAAAUAUCUAAAUGAAGUGUCACAGAAUUAUAAACAUAUAAAUAAUACCAAGAAUAAAAAUAAUAAUUAUAAUAUUACAGAAGAUGAUGAUAAUUAUCUAAUGCAUGAUUUAGACUCAUUUGAAAGAGUUAAUGCUCAUGUAAUUCUUUCUAAAGAAUUUCAAAACUUUCUUGAUAAUCUAGAUGAAGUUGAAUUAUAUACAAAUGAAAAAUUAAAAAUUAUUGAUUUUAAUGAACGUGAAAAAAAAAGACCACAUUUAUAUAUUAAAAAUUCAAAUGAAAAUACUCUUGAAAAGAUCGAUGAAAAUGAUAAUAGCUUAUCUAACGUACAUAUAGAUACAACAUUACCUAUGGAGGAUGUACCUGCAUAUACUGAACAAAAUAAAAAAAUUAAAAAGUGA